AUGAGAAAAGCUCGUUGCCGAAGAAAACGUGCCUUGUCAAUCAUCAGGCCUCAGGACCCUGAACGUCAUCGAUUGAACGCGAUUGGGCUUAGAUAUACCUUGGAUAUACCCAAGAUAUACCAAUGGGCAAUACAGCCGCGUACGGCGCUUUUGCGGUUCGACAUUGUCUGGGAAAUCCAACCGUGCGCUGAAAAGACUUUGGAUAAGAGUCAAAAGAUUGGAAGACUUGACGAGCGAAAGAUAUACGCACAAAAUGGUGGGUUGAGGAGCAAAACUUACGGGGAGGUUGAUCAUGCUACCGGACUGUCCGGACCAAGUCCGGACAACUACCGGAGGCAAGCACCAAUUCGCUUUGCAUUGCCGUUUGCACUUUCGAAAUCAGUUUUGUAUCGGAUGAGAUGCGCGGUUCUAUCGUUUGCCAUGAUGAGCAACAUCUUUCACCACAGGAGAUUACAGGCCUUGUUGGAUGUUGCGACCAGUCAUUUUCACGGUUCCAUAUUUGUCACUGUUCACGCGCGGCUCUUUUUGAGUGGAUCGCCUUUCAUCGGCGAUCUCGACGACAUUGUCCGCUGCUUUGACUCCACCACGAAAUUGCGAUUCCGAAGUGAGCAUGAACCGGAAUACAUUAAAUUCGGAUCAACAAAGGAGAACGACCCCGAUCUCGGAAUCCGGUUUGGCCAACUCAAAUUGGCGGGAUAUGACAUCUGUACAUUCUUCAAGCCCUCAGUCGAGUGCAUUGUCAACGCCAUCUUAGAUCAGCGGAAGUCGGCUAAAGGAAGGAUCUCGCACGUCGUCCUUGUGGGAGGCUUUGCGGCUAGCAACUGGUUAUCAAGCGAGGUCCAAAGAUCACUCAAGCCCUUUCGUCUCAACAUCUUCCGGCCCGACAAUCGGGUUAACAAGGCAGUUUCGGAUGGUGCAGUGUCCUUCCACCUUAACAGCAUUGUUCGAAGCCGCAUUUGCAAAGUAGCGUAUGGUCUCGGCGUCGCUCCAUGCUAUGACAGUACAAACCCAGAACACUUGAAACGCUCAUCAUCUAUGUUCCAAACACUUUCGGGCGUGUACCGGAUCCCUAAAGGCUUCAGCAACAUCUUGCCUGCCAAAACCGCAGUAUCAGAAAAGACAGAAUUCCGGUGCGGCUGUACCCACGCAUCGGAGACAAAACUUACGGAGUUCCACUCAUACAUUUUGUGUUAUCGAGGCGAACUUCCUGAUCCUGAGUGGUUAGAUGUGGACGCUGAUAUGUACAAAUGCGUGUGCGAUAUCACGGUAGACGUUUCACGUAUGAAGCAACCUCCACUACCUAGAGUCGAUGGAACAGGAGGAAAGUACUAUCGUGUGGACUAUGAUGUCAUUCUGUUGUUCGGAUUGACCGAGUUGCAGGCACAGGUGGCUUGGGAAGAAGAUGGUGUUGAAAAACGGGCACACACUACUAUAUCUGAUCCAAUACCGCCCUUGGGCGAUCAACCAAAACUGACACGUAGUCAACCUCGAUACGCCCCUACCACCGCGCCCCAGCCAUGUAAAAGUUUGUUGUAUCACUGUUCACCGAUCACACGACGUUGGGAAUCGAGUCAACUAGCCCAAGAAGGUCCACACGUUUAUGGCAUCACCGCAGGUUAUCAAGAACAGCCAGCUGCGCUCCAAGAUCGAAUCAUGAACGACUUUGCGGGAAGGAUAAGUCAAUUGGAGAGGGCGUUACGUCGUGUGACCUUUAGGCCCUGUACAUGUGUCGUACGACCCAACCACGAUGGAGGACGCGUUGGAGACAACGCCCGGGGACAAGACGACAACGCCGGAAAAGAGGCGCACCGCUCUGGCGACCUCGCUCCAAGGGCUUCAGCGCUUAGUGUAUGGCAGACCAUUGUUCUUUCCGCAUUCUCAAUGGAUGAACCGCCUUCAUCAUUGCUAAAGUCAAGGAUUCCCAGAAAGACCAUCAUCGUUGACCCCAACUUAUUCACGGAUGACGAGGAAUCUGAAAUCGACAACUUUCGUUGCCCUCUUCAAAGGGGAAUCAUUUAUUAUCACCGGGACGGUCCGAUCUUUGAGCACAACAUCCAUUUCUCCGGAAAACAUGAGCCACGAAUCAUUGUCCCGAGACAUCCGUCGCGGCGUGUAGCAGAAAUUUCAUUCGCCCCCAUCAAAGGCAAUCGGAUCCUGCUAUUCGCAAAGUACUUGGGAAGGACAACUUCCCAGACCUAUCUACACCUAUCAAUCCAUGAAAUCCGCUCCGACAAUCGUGUUGGUCGCGCUGCCUGGUCUUUCAACGGUAGCGCUGAUGGUCACUCCAACAUUUUUCAUUUGAAGUUGAUAAAAUCCACCGAAAAUCCCCUGGGAAUUACUUUUGGGGUGCGGUUUAUCGACCAUUGGAAGCUGUACGACAUCUCUACUACUGAAACUGAUGCAUCGCAUACUUUUCCUCUAAUUGAGUCCGGGAGAAUAGAUCAUGAUCUAAAGCUCAACUCGAAGUCGAAGCACGAUAGUCUCGUCAUACUAUCCCCUGACAGACACAUUCUCCUGAACGCAGCAGAGAAGGAACGAGUCAAGGAAACGAUUGACAUUCACUAUUCAGAUUCAACUGGUGACACAAACAAUCUGAACUUUUCCUUUGUUUCCCGCAUGUCCAUUCCCAUUCCCAUGGACCCAAAAACAUUUCCUAUCAUCCAGGCACCAGUACUUGCAUUUUCUGCCGAUGGGUCCAAGUUUGCUAUGGCUAUGGCUCGCAGCAGAGUGUCUGUUUGGGAGAUCCGAAGCAAAGUUCCUUUGAAAACAUUCAUGGAUGUCCCCAAGUCUGAGUAUGAUGACCGGCCUGCACGACAUCUGCAAUUCAGCAGUGGAAAAUUGGGAAAAGAAGUUCUGGUAUUUGUCGAGGUGUUCUGA